AGUUUGAUGCUUUGAACAUGACUACAAAGUUGAUUGGGACUUGAAAAACCUGCAGAAGAAGAUAAGCCUGACCUCCAAAUCAGAUACUUGAUGAUGGGAACAGGAAGCAAAGUUGGUUACUCAGACUAGAGAGGCACAGCACAGAUCAAGUGUUACAGAGAGUAAUGGGAUUGGUAAUGAGAAGAUUGAGGAUGAAAAAGAAGAGGAAGAGGAGGAUUGAAGAAUCAGAAGAAGAUGAAAAAGUGAUAAAAAGUACAGAAGCUAGCUCAAGCCUUGAAGAGGCUACAGAUAUCAAUGGAACAUUGCAUGAUAGAGACCAGAACUAUAUCAAGGCAACAAUCUUACUGCCAAAGGAGAUGCAAGAUAUGAUGAGUUCACAUCAAUCGUGCAACAGAAGUUCUUAUCGGGAGAAGAUCAUCAACAUUUGGAUUACACAAAGAUAGACAAUGAUGAGAGUGAGACUCUUGAUGAUCAUUGGCUUCGAGAGAUUGGCCUUGACGCUGAAGAAAAGUACUGUGGUGAAGACUAAUGGACACAGUCAUAUACCAUACCUGGUCUAUUCUAAGAUGAAGUUCAUGAAAAUAGGGACAAAGCCAGACACUUUCUAUACUCAAGAUGCUUCAAGGAUUUUGAUAACAGACUCACCCAACGAUCUCGUUAUAAGAAUCAACAACACCACUUAUCAUCUCCACAGAUCUUCUCUUGUUCCAAAAUGUGGGCUGUUGUCAAGGCUUUGCACUGAUUCAGAGGAGUCUGAUAGUCUUACCAUAGAGCUGAAUGACAUACCUGGGGGUGCCGAUGCUUUUGAGCUGUGUGCUAAGUUCUGCUACGGCAUCACUAUCAACCUCAGUGCUCAUAACCUUGUGAGUGUGCUCUGUGCCUCCAAGUUUCUUCGGAUGUCUGAUUCUGUUGAGAAGGGAAAUCUGUUACCAAAGCUUGAAGCUUUUUUCCACUCCUGCGUUCUCCCAGGCUGGAAGGAUUCCAUUGUCACUCUGCAGUCCACUGUAAAAUUGCCAGAAUGGUGUGAGAAUCUUGGAAUCAUCAGAAAGUGUAUAGAUUCAAUUGUUGAGAAGAUUCUAACUCCGAUAGCAGAGGUCUCCUGGUCUCAUACAUACACCCGACCAGGCUACGCAAAGAGAAAGCACCACUCUGUUCCAAGAGACUGGUGGACAGAAGACAUAUCAGACCUUGACUUAGACUUAUUCCGCUGUGUUAUCACAGCAGCCAGGUCAACCUUCACGCUGCCACCUCAGCUCAUUGGUGAAGCUUUGCAUGUAUACACCUGCCGUUGGUUACCAUACUUUAAAUCAAACAGCCAUUCAGGUUUCUCAGUUAAAGAAAACGAAGCAGCACUGGAGAGGCAUCGGCGUGUUGUUAACACAGUUGUGAAUAUGAUUCCUGCAGAUAAAGGGUCGGUUUCAGAGGGUUUUUUGCUGAGACUUGUUAGCAUAGCGAAUUUUGUGGGAGCAUCUCUCACAACGAAGACUGAGUUGAUUAGAAAAGCUGGUCUGCAACUCGAGGAGGCAACUCUUGAAGACCUCUUGUUGCGUUCACACUCAUCCUCUCAUCACCGACGCUAUGAUACCGACUUGGUUGCUACAAUUCUUGAGAGUUUUUUAAUGCUCUGGAGAAGACAGUCUUCUGCGCAUCACUCUAGUAACAACAGUCAAUUGCUGCAUUCAAUCAGGAAGGUGGCAAAGCUUAUUGAUUCCUAUCUUCAGGCAGUCGCACAAGAUGUCCAUAUGUCAGUUUCCAAAUUCAUGUCUCUUGCUGAGGCAGUGCCCGACAUUGCACGCGAGAGCCAUGACAGACUUUACAAAGCGAUUAACAUAUAUCUCAAGGUGCAUCCCGAGAUAAGCAAAGAAGAGAAGAAACAACUAUGCCGAAGUCUUGACUGCCAGAAAUUGUCUGCAGAGGUACGUGCACACGCUGUGAAAAAUGAGAGGAUGCCACUAAGAACGGUCGUCCAGGCCCUCUUCUUCGACCAAGAAAGCAGUUCCAAGGGAGCAUCAAGUCGAUUAGAGAGCCAAGAACUCUUCUCAAGAGGUAAAGAGACAUACACAGAUAUACACAAGCUUAACCUAGGUCCAGCUGAAACAGCUUCUAUAGGGAAAGCUAAGAAUAUACUCGAGGGAGGAGGCAAAAGAGGAGAAGAAAAAAUUAGAUCCAGCACAGACCCCAAGAAGAUAGUGCGAACAGGAUCAAGGUCAGAGCAUAGAAGUAGAGAUAGGUAGUGGUCUAAACGUCUCAGGCCACAUAAAUUCAGUUCCUUCUUUGCACUCACCAGAUUUCUGGUUCUUUAAUUUUCUUUCUAAAAAGAAUCUGAUGAAAAUUGUAGAAUCCAGUGGCAUAAUCUGUAUUAAUACAAUGCAGAGCUCAAGCUCCUGCUCAACCAUUCUCUUGUCGCUUAUAUUUUAAGAAAUCGAUUAUUAUGCAA